AUGUUUGGCGCUCUCAAUAGGUUCAUUGGUCGACUCGAUAGUGAGGCCGUUCAAAACAAUUCAAACGGCCCUGGAGACAACUCAUUCGGUUUCCAAAUACUCCGCAACAACGAUGGUGACCUACCGCUAGAACCGUGGUUUGAUUUCAUUAUCGGGAUAAAUGGGCGUCUUAUUGAGGAACCAGAUCAUAACCUCUUUGUGACAGAAGUCCGCAACUGCGCUGGCUCAAGCGUGUCUUUGGAAAUAUGGAGUGCCAAGGGCCAACGGACGCAUACAAUCUCUAUCCCAGUCUCAAAAGAGAACCCCUCGUUAGGCCUGACAUUACAACUCGCGCCACUUUCAGUCACACAACACAUCUGGCACGUUCUGUCGAUACCGUCGCCUUUAAGUCCUGCUUACCUUGCCGGUCUUUUAGAACACUCCGAUUACAUUCUAGGAUCACCAAGUGGCACAUUACGAGGCGAGUCAGCACUCGGCGAACUGGUGGAGGACCAUCUCAAUCGGAGCCUAGUGUUAUGGGUAUACAAUAGUGAAUUUGAUGUUGUUCGAGAGGUAGAACUGGUACCAACAAGGGGCUGGGGAGGAGAAGGUGCCUUGGGAGCUGUCCUCGGAUAUGGAGCAUUGCAUAGGCUACCUGUGGGUUUGGGCGAAGAAGUUGAGGGACCCGGCGAAGUUGUAUUUGAAACAAAAGAGGACGGACAGGAGCAACUGAGAGAAACACCUACAUUGAACACUACCUCGACAGCCCCCGCCGGAAGUUAUCUUCUACCUGCCAACUUGGCUGCACCUCCCCCUUUAACGUCGCCUACCGCUACACUCAACAGUUCCGCUCCUCCGCGAUCAAGCAAGACACGAAGAAAUCGACAUGCAGGAAUAUCGCCUAGUCGAACAUUUGAUGACUAUUUUGCUGAAGGAGAACAAAAGAGCAAAGAGGAUGAUUUCGCACCUUCGCGAAAAGGCACGCCUCUUGCACCGCCGCCAAAGAUUGGAGGGCCGCCGCAAUCCGGAACGAACGAGGAAUCUGCUGGACAGACAUAA